UGUGGACAGCGAUCAGGGUGUGUGUUUGCCUCAUACAUAGUAACAAGAAAUCAGACUCCAUCACUCUUACGUGACAAACAGAUCCUGUAAGACAUUAAUGAACAUUCCAUAGGUGCCUGAGGUUUUCCUGCGAAGAGACGUAGUGACCAGACCCAUAAUCUCAGGUAACAGAUGGAGAAGAUAUGAUGGGUGUCCAGAUGUAGAGAGAACUGUCUAUACUAGUGGGCAUUAUUUAAAAUUCAUGGAUGUGUCAUGUCUCACCUUAAAAACCCUUCUUGGGUCAGCGAAAAAAUGCCUGAAAUGAUUGUAAAGAUCGUUGGAAGUAAAUAUGUCCGAUAUCGUGUGGAUAAUUCUAAAUGCUGCCCUGUUGUGGGUCAAGAAAACACCAUUUCACAUCUAAUAGAGAUGAUGCGCAGAAUUCCCAAUAUAAAUUCCUUCCGAGGAAGUCUGCUGAGGAGAGACCGAACAUUGUGUGACCUGUUAUCAGUCUCUGAGUUUCUCAGUGUGUGCGAGUCUCAUGGAGUGUCUAUCCCUCCGUCAUCGCUGAUCCCUCUCCUUGAAGAUGAUGUCUUCGCUCACCAAGGAAAAAUUCGUUGGAGGAAGAUUUUUGACUUAUUACACAGCACAGAACAAUCCUUACCACAGGAAAAUGAAGCCACAAAAGAUCUACCCUCAUACAGUAAGGAUCUGGAAAUCCAAGUGAGCCCACAGCAAUCGAGUCUAACAUCAGAAUGUUUCCCCGUGGCCAGUGCGACGGUCCCUUUGCAGGGCUCCAGGCCCAUGUCUGAGCCUGCUUUACAUCUGUUUGAAGAGAGAAGUUGUUGGGAGCCGGUAGCAUGGAUAGAUCGAUUCAAGAAGCUGGAGAAUGUUCUAUGGCUUUGUCAGAUAAAAGACACCGGUCUGGUGGAAAAAGAGAGAGCCCGGCAGAUCCUUCACAGGUACAAUGUUCUCUAUGGCCUGAGUCUGAGUGAAGAGAAGAUGGCGGAAGCUCUGGAGAAGUUUGGUGUUAAAGAUCACAUGACCUUGGGGCCCGCGCUGCUCUUCUUGAAAGAUUUGUAGAGUACUUUGUGAGCAUUAGGGAUGAGCCGAACCCCCCCCCC